GAGAGACAGUUCAGUUUUACGAAUUUAUUCGGUACGAACGAACGGAUUAUCCCGCUAACGAACGAAAAGGAAAUUAAAAAACCAGCAAGAUGAAUUGUCUAUCCGCGAUGUUCAAGUACCUGCUGUACUUCCUCAACCUAAUCUUUGUGGCCGGAGGAAUUCUGCUCAUAGUGGUUGGCUCCAUCAUGCUGUCCACCAUGGGCAACUUCACCGCCUUUGAUGGAGCUGUCAACACGCAGACGAUCCCGAUCACCAUCCUCGUUCUUGGCUGUGUCACCUUCGUGGUGGCCUUCUUUGGAUGCUGUGGCACCAUCAGGGAGAAUGCCUGUUGCACUACCAUUUAUGCCAUCUGUAUGCUGAUCCUCUUCGGUCUGCAACUGGCGUUGUCGAUCUGGAUCUUUGCGGCGAACGACAAGUUCCUCACCAGCAUGGGCAAGGUUGUCGACAGGGCCUGGGACGAGAACAAUGCCGCCCAGGGCUAUCCCAUGGAUGCUCUCCAAUUGGCUUUCAAGUGCUGUGGUAACUCCGGUUACGAACAAUAUGGUAAUACUGUUCCUGCCUCCUGCUGCGGAUACAAGGACCGCACCAGGGUGUGUGAGGCCGAAAUUUACACUACAAGGGCCGGAUGCCAGGUGGAGUUCUUUGACUUCUGGGCCUCCAACACUGACAUCAUCCGGUGGAGCAGUCUGAUUAUAGCCCUCUUCGAGUUGGGCAUUUUCAUCAUGUCCUGCUGCCUAGCCAGUGCGAUGAGGAAGCGCUAAAUAAAGAGUCUGAUCCAUGACAUCAGACAUAGCAUAAUUUCAAAAUCACAACUCCAUCACUCGCCGUAAAUAAAACCAAGUAGAUUAAGAUCAAUGAAA